GGGGCGGGGGGUCUCCUGUUGCCGGGUAACGAGGACGCUUACACGUGGUGCAGCCGUUGUAACUUGGGUGCCCCAGGACUGCUGGGGAGCAGAGUUGGGUGUCUCAGGUAACUUAUGGCUUCCCAAGAAGAAAAACAGUCUCAGCCCUUCACAGAUAUCUUCAAUGAGGAUGAAGCUGAAAAAUCCUUUCUGUUGUCCAAGCCCGCGUGCAUAAUAGUCCUUGGAAAGCCUUGUUCAGGAAAGAAAACAUUGGCUGGAAAACUAGCACAAAUAUGGAAAUGCAUUUUAAUAGAAGCUUCGGAAGUAAUUCAAACAAAUAUUAAUGAAGGAACAGAAUAUGGCCUUAAGUGUCAAGAAUUGCUUUACAAAGGUCAAAGUAUUUCUGAAGAACUUGUUACAGAAAUGAUUCUGAAAAAGAUUGAGUCACCAGAAGUUGCACAUUUUGGUUAUGUUCUCAGUGGAUUUCCUUCUCUCUCAGAGGAAUAUAUGACUGUUUCACAGCAAAUGGAAAAAAUAAGAAAUCUGAAAUUAAAACCAGAUUUCCUGAUUAACAUUAAGUGUUCAGACUAUGACUUAUGUCAAAGAGUAUCAGGACAAAGGCAACGCCCUGAUUCAGGGGAAAUAUAUCAGAGGAACCAGUGGGAUCCCAGUCUAAUAGAAAAACAAAAGAAAAAUAGAGAUCAGCCUGAAGAGGAGAAUGAAGAAGAUGAAGCUGAAGCUGAAGAGAUGGAAGAAGAGACUGAGCAAGAUUCACUUAAGAUGUCAGAAAUGAUUGAUCAAUUAGUGCAAAGACCAGAAGACAUGCUUGAAAAUAUAAAGGAAAGAGUUGGCUUGUAUAAAGAUACAAUGCUUCGUUCUUUAGAAGAUUUGAUGGCUGAACAAGAUUCACAGUAUCUUAUUGAACUGGAUGGAAAUCGGGAACCAGAUGAACUUCUUGCUUCAGUGGUAAGUCGACUUCAGUCAAUGGAUGUUCGAAAUGGAGCUCCUAUAAUUAGGCUUCAGAGUCAGCAAGAAGAAAUGCUGGAGGGAGUGGAAAAUGAUGAGCUUCUCCGUGUUCUGUCAUCAUUCAAGCUAAUAGCACCCAGAUACCGAUGGCGUAGAAGCAGGUGGGGACCAGUAUGUCCUGUGGCUCUCAAGAAUGGUGAUAUUGUAAUGGGAAACCCAGAGCUGGCUGUCAGUUUUCUAGGUAAAAUGUACGUGCUGUCAUCCCCAGAGGCACUGAAAAUGUUCAUGUUGAAUCCGCGCCCUUACUUGUUACCACCAAUGCCAAUGCCUCCUUGUAAAGUUCUAGUAUUUGGCCCUCCACUGUCAGGGAGAACAACUGUUUGUAAACUAAUUGCAAACAAAUACAAAGGAAAGUUUCUUGAUAUGGCUGAACUCAUUCAAUCUCAUGUGGAAGAAUUAAGAGAAAAAAAAGCUGAGCAAGUGCGAAGGUAUGAAAUAGAAAAGGCUAAAACAGCAGUGGAAGAUAGCUUGGAAUCUGAAAAGCAAUCGGAAGAACCGGAAAUGUCAGAGUUAACCGAUCUCCACCCAGAAGGUGAAGAGGUGGUGGAAGAAGCUGUGGAAGGGUCAUCAGAAUCUGAAGAUACGCUGUCACCUGAAACAUAUGCAGAAGUACUGGAGAGAGCUAUUGCAGAGCUUAUGAAGAAGAAUAAAGACAGGUUUCCUGGUGCUCCAGAAAAAGGAGGAUGGGUAGUGGAUAACUUUCCUUUGUCAGAAGGUCACUGGUCAGCUUUGUCAGAAAGAGGACUUCUGCCUGACACUGUUGUCUGUCUUAAGGAUACAGAAACUGGUGGAGGCUGUAUAUUACGCAGAACAUACUUAGCAAAUAAAGACGAAUUUGAUUCUAAGAUUUUGAAAAGACUAGCAGAAGAAGCAUUAGAAAAGGAAAAAGAAGAAGAAGAGGAAAGAAGAGAAAUACCGGAAAUGCUGACAUCAGAGGAAGGAGAACAAUCUCAAGCGGAUGCUGAGGAGAAAGAUUCAAGAGGAGCAAUGUAUGCCUGUGCUUCAGUCAGAGAUAGAACAAACCCAUGUUCAGACUAUGAGACCUGGAGGAGAUGGGGAGGUUGUAAAUACCUGAAGGAAGGGUGCAAUGAGGGCAGAGCCAGGCUCUUUUUAGAGGUACCUAGUGCCAGGACAAGAGGCAAGGGGCACAGACUUCAACACAGGAGGUGCCCUCUGACCAUCAGGAAGAAUUUCUGUACUGAGCACAUCUUCUAAGACUGCCCAGGCAUUCUGCUCUGAGUGUCCCUGCUUGAGCAGGGGUUGGGCCAGGUGGACCUAGAUGUCCCUCCUAACCUUGGCCCUUCUGUGAUUCUGUAAUAUUGAUCCAUCCCUUUUCUCACAUUACA